CAGCGUAUAAGAACAGCCCCGGACUCAGGCGGUCCCCCCAAACCUUCUGUCCGUAUUCUCCAGCAGAGAGAGAGAGCACACACGAGUCCCGGAGCCGCGAUGACGCAGUUGUAGCUUACGUUCUCCCGGAGCACGGAAUCCCGUCAGUCCAGGACGCUCACCGACACAACUGCUUCCCACUUUUCGGAGAGUUCCCGCCGUACACCGGUGUGAUGCCCGCCGGGAUGUUCAGCAUCGACAGCAUCCUGUCCGCUCGGCCGAGCUGUAAGGAGCCGCUGCUGCUGCACCGGAGCGGCCCGGUGGUGCUGUCCGCCGGCCUGACGGAUUCUCUCUACACCGACUACAACGGACUGUAUUCAGCCACGUGCGGGCCCGUGGCCCCCCCGGUGCAGCCCGUGAGCGGGAGCAGGAUCGGAUAUAACGGCUACUACUACAGCCAGCUGCACGUCCAGGGCGCCGGGGCAGGGCCCCCGUGCUGCGGCUCCGUGCCCGGCCUCAGCCCGCAACAGUGCCCCUGCAUCCCCACAGGCUACGACAGCCCGGGAUCGGUGCUGAUCUCUCCGGUGCCCCACCAGAUGAUGUCCUACAUGAAUAUGAGCAGCCUGUCGCGGACCGAGCUGCAGCUCCUCAACCAGCUGCACUGCCGCAGGAAGCGAAGGCACCGCACCAUCUUCACGGACGAGCAGCUCGAGGCUCUGGAGGGCCUCUUCCAAGAAACCAAGUACCCGGACGUCGGCACUCGCGAACAACUUGCCCGCAAGGUCCACCUCCGCGAGGAGAAGGUCGAGGUGUGGUUCAAAAACAGACGCGCGAAGUGGAGGAGGCAGAAAAGGUCUUCAUCAGAAGAAUCAGAGAACUCUCAGAAAUGGAACAAAUCCAACAAAACGUCCGCGGACAAACCCGAAGAGAGUAAGAGCGAGGUGGACUCGGACAGCUGAUAACAGAGCGGACCUAACACGCCCUCAUCGGCUUGUCCCGUGGAAAUCGAUGUGGACCCCGAGACAUUGUGGUGGUGUGGUGUUGCCAUGUUGCACAGUUGUAUAUAUAUAUCUACAUUUUAUUAUUGACUGUGUCCGUUAUUUAUAUUUAAUUUAAGCUGCUUUUGUAAUGUUUCACACACAGGGAUGAGACGCCCUCUGAACUGACUGACGUGUGAAUAUAUCGUGAUGUUCUCUAUAUGUGACAUUUUCAUGGAUAUUAAAUGUUGUAAUUCUAUUAUUAUUAUUUCAAUUUGUAAAAUUGUGAAAGUGUGAAAGCCUCUUCUGUUCUUUUGUCUUUGGCAAAAAUAAGAGAAGCGUUUAAAGGACAGAAAUGUGCGCUCAUUUAAACAGUGUGCGCUUUCAUUCUGCGCUCCGCGACAGAACCACAGUCUGAAAACGGCUUGUAAACAAGCUGUGAAAUAUAGCGCAGGACGGGCGAAGAAAACGAACGUUCUGUUUUUUGUUUUUUUCUUUUCUUCUAAAACGUCAGCGAGAAUAGCUGCUGCGGGCCUCCACAGAUAAAAGCCUUUAUGUGAAAGUAAAUGAAAUGAAAGAUGAUUUUAUUGUUAUCAGACCUGAACGGUGGCUCUUUUAUGUCCCGCUGACGAUUUGGGGUUUGUUUGAAACAUCUUUUGGGCAAUUAAUUAAAAAAGACAAAUCAGAACAGGACAGGUUAGAUAGGUCAGGUCGAUCAUUUUAAAUGGAAACCGUGGAGAAAACAAACAAGAAAAAAAAACUUGGUACGUUUAAUAUCAUUGGCACAACAACAGUCAGUCCAGAAACGUUUGGCCCGCUCAGCAGAUCUGGAAACAAAGAAGCAAAGAGACACCGAGCAAAGAGAAGGUAUGGACGCUAGCUGCAGUGUGUUUAAGUAUAUGUAUACUUAAACACACUGCAGCUAGACAAUGUAUAGACAUUGUAAAAAAAAUAUUUUUAUGUUAUUUAUUUAUUUUUUUUAUUUUUUACAAAGCCUUCACAUUUGCGCUCUUUAUGGCUCCCUCUCGAUUAUUUCCCCCAGGUACAUGACUCAGCUCACAUUGAGCUCCUCAUGUCGUUUAGAGUGAGCAAACAUGAGCAAAUGCAGCUGCUGAUAAACACAGCAUCAAGGUCAGAAAUGCCACAUAUGAGAUAAAGAUCACGUGAUUAUAAUAUAGCGGGCAAUGUGAUUGCAUCCAUAAACCAAUGCAGUAAACACACAGCUAAGUAUAGUGAUUCAUUAAAGAAAUAUACAUAAAAAUAAAAGUGGCCAGAUAAAUGAAUUGGGUCCGAGCCUCCACGCUUUCGCAAUUGCAACUUAAUUUUUCGAUACAAGUGGAAUCAGCCCUAAAAUCGGAUUCAUCUUUCUGUUGUUUUCAAACACGUGUGGGACAUACACUGUCUUUAAAGUCGCAAGUCUAUAUCAAAAUGGACUUCUCAAAACUCACCUCUUCAACAAAACCCUCAACCUUUAGCCUUUUUUCUUUUCUUUUCUUUUCUUUUUUCUUUUCUUUUCUUUCUUUUCUUUUCUUUUCUUUUCUUUUUCUACUGUUGUAUAAAUCGUCCUCGGGGUUCUUGAAAGAGACUAUACAAAUCUAAUUAUUAUUAUUAGUAGUAAUAAUAAUAAUAAUAAUAAUAAAAACAAUAAUAAUAAUAAUACUAACAACCGUGUUGCGCUGGCUAUUACUCUUUUCACAUUUUUCAGUUGGAGGCAAAAAAAUUAAGUGACCCGGACACUCCAGUAUGCUCACAGAUGAAGCCUGGCAAGUUCUGCAGGUUCUGAUGUGCUGGUUUGGUUUGGGUCUAUGAUUCUGAGCGAUCAUCUUUAGGUAUUAUUCAUGACUCUUUCAUGGAUGAAAAUGAAUCAGUUGGUCACAUGUUCUCACCUUUACAGUAACCAGAACAGCGCUCACACAUGUUGCAGUGAGUUCUGUUCACAUCUUUUGAAAGAAUUUUGUCUGUCGCUUCAGAGCAGAUUUCAGCAGAUGUGGACUAUCAGUGUUGAGGAGUAGAAAUAUACUUUGCUGGUUUUUUACUUUAGCUGGUUGCUCAUUUGUAUUGGAAAAAAAUCACGUGUAAACUGACACUUUUGUAUCAACUGUUAAAUCUUACAUGAAUAAAAGUAUAUUCAUGAGUAGUUCAGCUUCUAUAUUCCUGAAAGUUUGUGUUUAUGUACAGUGAUGGCCUUCUAAAAGCUAUUAAAACUUUGAAAUCCAC